AUGAUAAUAGCACUCUUGUUUCUUCUGCUAUUGCAGUCUUGUUUUCUUUCCACCUAUUCUCAGCAAGUGCUAUGUGUUGUUCACCAAGAUGGUGUUCCUAACGUCACUAAAUCAUACUACAAUUGCUCCUUGUUCGCAAAUAAUCUCAGCUCUGCUCUCCAAGAUGUGAGUGAUGAUACAGUACUCAUGCUUCUCAAUGACGAAGAGAUAAUAGACUCAAUCAUUGAGUUUGCCAAUAUAUCCGGCCUUAGUUUAUUUGGAAUGAAUGGAACAAAUAUAGUUUGUAGCCAACAGAUUGUUAAGUAUGGACUGAAAUUCAUUAAUGUAACAAACAUACGCAUAUCUGAAGUGACUAUCAUCAACUGUGGAGCAUUAUACCAUUACGAAUCAAACGUGACACAUCAAGGUGUUUUUAGUUAUCAUUCCUCGUCUGCUGUUUACUUUGAAAAUUGCACCAACAUUAGGAUAAAUCACAUUAAUGUCAGUAACAGUCACGGCACUGGUCUAACACUCUAUGACAGCAAUGGCAAUGUCAGCAUUGCUCACUCCACUUUCACCAACAACACUGUCUCUCGGGUUGACCAGGAGCUAUCGACUGGUCGUCUUCUUGGAGGAGGAGGUAUAUACUAUGAGCUAUCAAUGUGUAGUCCUUCUUGGGAUGUUUGUGACCCCAGCACUAAUUUGUACAAUAGUCAUGCUUUACUCUAUGUGCAUAACUGCACCUUCUAUAACAACUCUGUUACUACAGGGUCAAAUAAUGUUGAAUUCUCUAAGUACAUUGGUGGUGGCUUAAUGGUAUGGCUUUCUGGGCUUGCAUAUAAUAAUUCUAUUUUCAUAAGCAGCUGUUAUUUUAGUGGGAAUAGUGGGUUGUAUGGAGGAGGAUUAUUUGUAUUAUGCAAAGACCAGUCUAGCAACAACACCAUUGUCAUCAGUAAUUCUAAAUUAGUACAAAACGAAGCAAUACUGGGAGGAGGUGGAUUGGAUCUUGGCUUCUAUUUCAUUACAAUGCACAAUCGUUUCAAUAGGAUCACUGUACGAUCCUGUACUAUUGUUGACAACAAGGCUUAUUUCGGAGGUGGGGUUGUUUUCUUUGUCACAUCAGCUAGUCGAGUUGAUCCUAAUAAUCAGAUAGAGUUUUACGAUACAGAAUGGAACUCUAACAAAGCAACGUAUGGUUCAGCCAUUUAUCUUGAGCCUAUUUUUAACAAUGUUCCAGCUAACACCAUAUUUCCAAUCCCUCAUUUUGCUAAUUGUAGUUUUAUUAAUAAUUACAUUGUGUUCAAUGUAACCGGUGAUUCGUCAUCCGGUGCUGGGAUUUCUGCCAUAGGUGCAGGGACGUUAAACUCAAAAGCAAUUUCGUUCACAUUAGCUGAUGUAGUUACCUUUAGUGGAAACAAUGGAACUGCUCUGUAUCUCAUUGACGGUAAUGCUAUUGCAUUAGAAAACACAAAAGUUAAUUUCUCAAGCAAUACCGGUACAUACGGUGGAGCUGUAUCCAUUAAUGGUUUUGCUUCGAUAUACACAAGUAAGAACACAACGUUUAUUUUCCAUCAUAAUGAGGCAUCUGUCAAAGGAGGAGCAAUAUUUUUUCAUUCUACUGACAUUCAGUCUUCACUUCUUAUUGGAUCUUCGUGCUUCGUAGAGCGAAUAAGAACGCUGGACACAUUUCAGACGAACUUUUAUUUUGAAAAUAACACAGAUUCCUUUGGGAAAACAAUGUACAUAUCAUCACUACUACCUUGUAAUAAGUUAUGCCAAGGUACUCAUGUUUACCUAACCUACAUUCCACCGGAAACACUACUGAGUGAAUGCAUCGGUAACUUUACAUUUGCUGAUCACAAAGGCAUAGUCAGAGACAAUGUAGCAACUGAGACUAGUGAAUUUCAUCACUCUGCAGCAGGAAAUGAAGAGGAUAUAGUCCCUGGCAAAGAUUUUGUGAUCCCUUUUGUCACUCGUGAUGAACUGGGACAUGAAUCAAUGGAGCCGUUGUUUGGUAUAUUAAAAACUGAAAAUAAUUCGCUUCAGCUUAAUAACUUAUUCACAGCUAACAAUAAAUUCCAAUUGAAGGGAAAGCCUAACGAAACAGGUCAUCUUGAAAUAGGAACACUCUAUUAUCGUAAUUUGACUAUUGGCAUUGAUGUUACACUCUCUUCCUGUCCUCCUGGUUUCAUUAACAAUAACAACACUUGUGUUUGCUCUGCUGACGAUGACAGUAAUCACUACAAUGGCAUUGUAAGGUGUGAUAAUAAGGAAUUCGUGGCAUCACUUAGUUCUGGCUUCUGGAUAGGCUAUGUAGGCAUUGAAUCAGAAGAUACCUUAUACACUGGGCUAUGUCCACAAGGAUAUUGCAAUAGUAGUCAGAUACUUGAUAUCAGACUGCCCUCCUUUCCAUCAUCCUCUGAAUUGGACUCACUGAUAUGUGGUGCUAAUAAUCGCACUGGUGUUUUGUGUGGUAACUGUAUAGAGAAUAACUCUGUGUAUUACAAUUCACCUGGAUACAAAUGUGGCAACAAUGAGCUUUGCUCCUAUGGGCCUCUCUUUUAUUUACUAUCAAGCUUUAUACCACUGACCCUAAUGUUUACAAUCAUCAUUUUGCUUGGUGUAAACUUUAGCUCUGGUAGGUGGAAUGGAUUUGUCUUCUUUGCACAAAUUGUGGGAUAUUUUACAACAACUAAUGGUGUCAUCUAUGCCUCAAAAUCUGAGAAAGUUUUCAACAUUAUAUCAGAUUUAUUUUACGAGCCAUUCUCACUGAGGUUCUUUAAUGAUGACAGCCUCUCGUUUUGUCUGUUUAAAAAUGGAAGUUUCUUUGCCAUCAUGGGAAUGGAGAUCCUCUCACUUUUCUUUGCUUUUCUCUUAGUGGUCACACUUGUGUUUGUGAUGAAGUCUACCUAUUUUUAUAGGAUGCAAUCUGCUUGCUGCAAGAGACCAUUCUUUAAGCCAACAUCACUGACAAAGGCUCUGGCUACAUUUUUAAUACUCUGCUACUCUCAGACAACUCAAAUUUGCUUUAAAAUACUACAAAUUGGAUUCCUCCGCAGUAAAGGGGACAGUAUUACAUCUCCAUUGCGUGUACAACAGAUGGGAAGUCAAGAAUAUUUCACUGGUUUUCAUAUACCACUAGCCAUUGUUGCAAUAUUAGGAAUCUUAACAAUUGUGACGAUUACUCCAAUCUGUCUCAUGGCAUAUCCAGUGUUUUACAAAUUAUUGCCGCCGAAAGUGCAAGAAAAUAAAUUAAUAGCAACAAUAACAACGAACGUGGAGAAGUUGAAGCCAAUUUUUGAUGUAUUUCAAGGUUGCUUUGAUGACAAAUAUCGCUUCUUUGCAGGGCUGUACUUUCUUUAUCGUGCUAUUUUUGUCAGUUUGUUUUCACUGGUUGACAUACCACUGGCUUCAUUGUCAAUUGCUCAAAUCAUAGUCAUGAUAAUGUUAGCAGUUCAUUUGAAGUUUCAGCCAUACAGGAAGAAACUUCAUAACAACAUUGAUGGGUGUCUGUUCCUCCUUCUUGGAAUGAUUAAUACUCUUACACUAACUCGUUAUUUCGAAUCAAUAUCUCAGUCUCAGCGCAGUAUCAUGAUAUUGACAGGCUAUAUUCAAAUUAUCUUGGUCUACCUUCCUAUUUUUAUUGUUUUUAUCCUCAUUAUUAGCUUGGCUAUUCAAAAGUAUCGCAGAAAAAAGAAGUUCAGCAUUACUAAGCUGAGGAAAGCCUCUAUGUCCAGCUCAAAAUCAGAUGAAUCCCUCUCUCUUGAAAUGGAAGGCCCUCCUAGUCCAUUUGUAGCAUCAACAAGCUAUCUUGAUAUGGAUAUUAUCAAGAAUGCUCAUAAUGAUGAAGAUGAUGGUGAUGUAGGGAGCUUCAGAGAAGAACUUCAAGUUUUAGAACUUUAAACUUGAAGCAGUAUUACAUUAAAAUGUUUGUGUGUGAUUAAAACUGUUAUUGGUUGAUGUAUUCCUUUGUUUUAGAUGAUUUAUGAAUCUAGUAGA